CACACACAUAGGAGAGUAUAUUUUUUUACGAAAUUAACCUCAGACUAAAAUGGAGACUUGGAAGAUUGUGGUUUCUAUGCUCUGUGAGCUUAUAGCAGCAGUUUUAGGAGCUGCCGCUGUGGUUGCUUCGUGGAGUUUGGACGACGAGUCUGCAGGUCACGAAGAACGGUUAGGUGGUUGGGCUGUACAUUUUGUGCUGUUUCAGUUGGGCUUCCUUUUGAUUUCUGCUCUUCUAUUUGGAGUUUUAUCUUGGUAUCCGAUUCUAAAACACAAAGAGGUGGACAAAGAGCAAAAAAAUUAUCUUCACUGGUUUUUCAUCGUCAAAUGGUUGGCGCUAUUUGCAGGAAUAAGUUCAUUGAUAGUGUCGCUGAAGUUGAAGGGGAAGGAGAGUGCGGGCGUAUUAGGCAUUGGAGCAGCGGCUUGCCUCGCACCUGUGCUUUUUGCUGCCUUUCGGUGGUCAAAAAUAGACAAAGCCACACACUUAUGGCCUGUCUGGCCUUAUUAAUUCCGAUGUCGUCAACUUUGAAGCUUAUAGUUCAUUAUGAAUUUUCUGUUCCUCCCCAA